AUGAGUUCUGGUAAAGAAUGUCAAAUUUGUAAAAAGGAUGACUUUAAGUAUAAAUGUCCCAAAUGUGGUAUAAAAUAUUGUUCACUAGCAUGCUACAAGAACGAGGAACUGCAUAUACAUAAGGAUGCUGUUACAACAGAGCUUAAAACCGAACAGGAGGAUAAAACGAGUGCUAAAGAUAAAACUGAGUCUUCAGUGAUAAAAUUCAAGACGGAAAAAUACCAAAAUAUAUACGAUAACAGUCCAGAGAUACGCGAGUUAUUGAAUUAUAAUACAGUAAAAUUCCACUUGGCCAAAGUACACAAGAUUUUAACGACGACUGUUGCUGAUUCCAACGAUUCUACAACGAGCAUGUCAUCAGAGGCUAAAAAACAACUAGCAAUUGACUACCUUAAUACAUUAAGGUAUGGAGGUAUCCAUUAUAAUGAGGCUCUUGAAGAGUUCUGCCAGCUAACAGUUGCCAAGCUUCACAAAUAG